AUGGCAAACAACGAGCUCCAGCGCACUGAGUAUUUAAACCUCCUCGCCUCAUUGCAGCCGGAGCAAGCAAUCAACAUCCUCAAUGAUCGCGUCACCCUCAUAACCAAGAUCAACAGCGACAUCGCCGAUUGGCUUCAGGAACGUCGGAAGAUAGAGGAAGUAUAUGUCGCCAGCUUGCGGAAGCUCGCGCGGCGGCCUCAACAAGAUGGGGCUGCCGCUCUUGGCAUCUUUCAAAUGCCCUGGCAGCGGAUCGUCUCCGGCACCGAGAAUCUAGCAGCCUCCCACGAGACCCUUGCGACCAAAAUCGAGACUGACGUCGAAACGCCUUUACGGACAUGGGCAUCGCGGAACAGAGGCUUCAAGGAUCUAAGCACUGCACAAGUGAACCUGAGUAACAUCGCAAAAGAGUUAUCUGGCGCACAAAAGAAAGCUGCCAAAGGUGGCCGACGAGCGGAUACUGCAAGUUCGACCGUGGAGGACGCCUCGCGACAAUGGGAAUCACAGGCACCGUAUGUGUUUGAACAACUACAGGUCGUCGACGAAUCGCGGGUCAAUCAUCUGAGGGACGUCCUCACGCAGUUCCAGACCCAUGAGGUGGACUCGAUCGAGAAGAACAAAGUCAGCGCAGAGUCCUGUCUGGGCGCGCUGCUCAACGUGGAGACUGCCGACGAGAUCAAGACAUUCGCCGCGAGAGUAACCACUGGCGGAGGGGGUGGCCUUUUGAGAAGACUGAGUUCAGCCACCGCCGGCACUGGGGGCAGACCGACCAGUUCCCUGCGUGCUCCGCCGACGCCUCCUCCACCCCGAGGCACGACUGAUAGCAAUAGUCAACGGUCGAGUUCCUUCGCCGGACAGGGCAGGCCAGCUCCUUUGCCCGACCUGCCAACACAGAAGGAGAAGAGCAAGCUGAGCGGUCUCAAGCGACUUGGCACCGUGAUGAAUCGACGCAAGAGCAUUGCACCUCCAGUUUCUUCUUCGACCGAAGAGAAACGACGGACGAGGUUUGUGCCAUUUAGAAGAGGCGACUCGUCCCGCAGCUUCCAGGAUUUGGAUGAGUCCGGCCAGGACCUCACUCCAACAGCAACUCAAGACCGACCCGUAACUUCGAUUUCGCAGAAUCGACGAUAUGAACAACCUCUUCGAGAUUUACCCGAGCCUCCGCUCCCUGUUCCGCAGACAAAUGGCAUUAGCCAGCCUCCAAAUCCUUUGGAAGCACAUCCGACCGGGAAUUCGUAUCAACCUGGUCUGGUGGACACAAUCAGUUCACCAUCUACUCAAGCCAACAACAACAACCCAUACCAACAGAUGGCCUUGAAUCAAGCCGCCACAGCGGACACGAAUGAGUCCAUCACCCAGGCACAGCAGGCGUUGUCGGAAGCGUCAGCCUUCCCUUCUCCCCCUGCAGACGAAUCAGCCCGAAACUUCAUGAUUCGUGACAAACCCAUCGAAGAAGACCAGACCGAGGCAGAGCAAGCAAUGGCAAACAUGGCCAAUCAACUCCGCUCACAGGCGCAAAACGCCGGCAUUAAUCGUGCUCAAGGUAGUGUUCGAGGACGUCGAGACGUGCGAAAUACAAUGUACGUGCCCAGUAGCACCGACGCCCUGCCACAAAUAACACGAGCUUCUCCGCCGGUCGCUAUACCAGAGAACGUGACUUCACCAGAGAACACACUCGCCUCUCCCAUUCAACGCCCUCCGCCGGUUUCCGUUUUGCAAGACGACCACAUCACAUCCGAUGCUGCGUCGAUGACCUCCUCCCGAAGUCUGGGCGGCCCAGCUCAACAUCCCGACCUCCACGACGCAGGUCUGUCUGCCAGUGUAAUAGAAACCGUCCAUAGCACAUUCACCGAGUCCGGCAUAUCAAAGUCCUUCGUGCUGGGAGAAAUCGCGUUAGCCUACAACCCUGCUGGUUCACAGAACACCGACACCGAGACAAUCCGCAUCCAGCACUUCGAACUCCUGGACAAGGUCGCGGCCAAUCCCAUAUUUCUCCACCAAGUCAAACCGACUGAUGGGCAGACGGAGGAGCAAGCAGGCAGCUACACGGUCACGACCACACAACUCCGUCGUCCAACACCGAUGAUCUGCCUCAAAUAUCAACUCCACCUGGAAGAGGCAACCCUCGCGCAAUACUCGCCCAUUCUCCUGACACCAGCGUGGCAGAUCAUCGAGGGACAAGUCAGUGUAAUCGUACUAUACUCUCUUAACCCAGUCUUCGGAUCCGAACCACUCACCUUGAAGAACGUCACCAUCAACCUGGGCCUCGAUAUUUCUGACCCAACAUUCCCUCGGGCCCAAUCUGCAAUGAUGGCCCCCACGGCCGGCGCGUCCUUCCGGCGCAAAACAUCCAGCGUGAUGUGGCGAUUGCCUGAGUUCGUGGUCAAGCCUGAACAGGAGCGCCUGUUGGUCCGUUUCAUCACCCAGGGAUUGGCGAGGAAAGGCGCCGUCGACUUUAAGUUUGAAAUCGCCGGGCGCACGGCAAGCGGCGUAGGUGUUGAACGGCUGGUGGAGGGCGCGAAGGAGGCUGAUCCGUUUGCAGACGGCGGGGACGACGAUGGUGCUGGCAAGAAAGCCUGGGAGGUCGUACCCGGGAGGGCGAAGUUGGUGAGCGGGCGAUACACCGCUAGCUGA